ACGACGACGGGAACUCGCUCACUGCGACGGGAUUUAUCGUAAAUCCUGCUUAAAAUCCGAUACCAAACACUCCUGGUCUCUCUCUGUCUCCCUCCCUCCUCUCUCGCUCUCAUCAACGCUAUACCCCGCCUGCUCACUACUGUACUCCACCUUCCACUAGGCUUGGAGUCAAGUGCCACUAUGUCGGCCGAUGAGGAUGAAAAUGCUGCCGAACUUAAAAUUGGCGAAGAAUUUUUGAAGGCAAAGUGCUUAAUGAAUUGUGAAGUUGCACUUAUUCUUGAUCGAAGAUUGGAGCAACUUCAGCAGAUGUCUGAUGAUCCAACAAAUCAAAUGUCUCAGGUAUUUGAAAAGUCACAUCAAUAUGUAAAGCGCUUCAGUCGCUACAAGAAUCAGGAUGCAGUAAAACAAGUUAGAGAAAUCCUUAGUAGGAAUAAACUAGCUGAAUUUGAGCUCUGUGUGCUUGGAAAUCUCUGCCCUGAAACAGUUGAGGAAGCAAUUGCCAUGGUGCCAUCCCUUAAGAUGGAAGAUGAUCAUAUGCUGCUUGACAUGGAUCCCUUGACUAAUAUGGUUCAACUGUCUAGUUCAGAAUGCUCUUGUUGAGCUGAUUUAUUUGGGCCCCACUUCCUUCUCCAUUUCUUCCCCAUCCUCCACAUGGAAUCCUUGGUGGUGCAAUGAAUGCUAAACUUGUUCCCAAUGUCUUCCGGUUGUGAGCAACUUCGUUAGGUUGUUCCUUGUUCCUCCACUCAAUAAUUGGUCCUUUUAUGUGCGAUUUGUUAAACAAGAUUUGAACUUCCUAAAUCUUUAGUGGCAUCACAAAACUUUGAUUCAUGAGUUGUUUGCGGUGUUAGAUUACUCUCAAUAAGAUGAGCAUUUUGCACUAAAAAAAUCA